CGAGACAGGGUUUCUCUGUGUAGCUUUGCGCCUUUCCUGGGACUCACUUGGUAGCCCAGGCUGGCCUCGAACUCACAGAAAUCCACCUGGCUCUGCCUCCCGAGUGCUGGGAUUAAAGGCGUGCGCCACCACCGCCCGGCGAAGUUCACUAAUUUUUGUAAGGCCUUACGCGUCCCUCCUCUAGAUAGGUGCAUUAAUUAUUCUGGAUUAAUGUGCAGUGUUUGUUAAGUAAGAGCCAUGUAACUCUUUCUUUCAGAAGAUAAAAGAAAGAUGGUUAUCCAUAAAGCUGUCAAAGACAGUAAACAUCUCCCUCUAUUUUUCUGUACAGUUAUAAUCCCUGGUGUCUUAAUUUAAGAUCUCAUAGAUCCAGCAGUGAUCCGUUUUUGUGAGCUUUAGCAGGCUUAGUUAUAUAUCCAUAUUUUAGGGAGUCACACAGAAGUGAGUAGAAAAGUUAAAGAAAACAUGUAGUAUUAUAUUGGAUACAAAAUGAUUUUUAUAGGAUGGAAGUCUGAAUAUCUUGAAACCGAUUUGAAUAAAAUAUGUAGGUGCCUUAGUGUUAUAAUUGAGUCUUUAUUGUCUGUUUUCAUAGCUCCAACAGGCUGUCUGUUCCAGAAUGUUCCCUUUAAAGUUAAAAAAAAAAUCAAGUUAUAAUUUCCGAGUUCAUCUGCACCAAGUCUAAGAUUUUCCAGUGUCCUUGCUGGUGAAUUCCAACAAAACAUUUGUGAAAUUUUUGUCAUCAUGAAAAUGAUUUCUGUAGACAUAGUUUAGUUAUUAACAUGACACUGAUAGUUUGAUAACAUUUUGAAGAUUGUAUUUGUAAAAUAAGUACAGGAUUCUUACACAAAGAAACUUUAAACAAGAAAAUCAGAUUUAUGGAAUUUUCCAGAAGAACACUGAAUUAAGACUGCAACAUGCUUCAGUUUACACACCCAUCUUUUCUUAAUUAACAUUUUUAAUACAAUAUAUUUUGAUCAUGUUUAUCUCCUUCCGAAUCUUCUCCCAGAUCCUGCCCAUCUCUCUCCCCACCCAAUUUUAUGGUUCCCCCCAAACAAAAACAAAAAUAAGAAAGAAAACCCACAAAUAAUAAAAAGCAGCAACCUCCUCAAAAAAAAAAAAACACCACAAAAAUGAAAUUCAAAACAGGCAAAAGACCAAUAUGACAAAAAUACCAAAAACAAAACCAAACUAAAAUGAAGCAAAAUGCCUACAAAGAUACCUUUGAGUUAAUUUUGUGUUUUGAAGCUACUCCUGGGCAUUAGGCCUGAUCGGGAAUGUGGAAUAUGAUAUCACCCAGUGAAACCAUUGACGAAAACUGAUUUUUCCCUUGCCAACCCGUAUCAAUUGCAGAUAGCUUCUUGGUUAGGGUUGGAACCCCGAGUCUACUUUUCUUUCCCAUCUGGCUUGAAGCUGUACAGGUCUUGUGUGUUCUGCCAAACUCUUUGCGAGUUCAUAUGUUAUAUACAGAUCUUACAAGAAAAGCUUAAAGUCACAGUUGCAAACGUAAGCAAAUCUGAUUUUCAGGAUUUUAUUAUCAAAUUCGUUAAUUAUGUAGCUUCUGUGUUUUUCUUCUACCUCUUCAUGGUUGACUGAUUACUAUUUCAUGUUUCAACUGAAGGAUAGCCAGGGGAUAGCAAAGUCAAACAUCUAACUAGUUGAUUGUGUUACAUUCAGUGUUGAGGGAAGAGAUUUAGUCAUGGGAGAGGCUUUACUAUUAGUCAAAAUGAAGUUUGAGGAUUAAUUGUAAAUGCCAAUUAUCCUUGUAUCCCUGGGCUCUCUUCACAUGCAUAAUUAGAAGUUGACAGUAUAAUGUUAUUUGACAUUGUUUUGUAAGGCAAUUAUGAUAGUUGGCGAAGUGAGACUUUCCUGGAUUUAAAGUCUAUAGCUCUUCAGUUGCUUCAGUGGAUAAAUAGAAAUUAUAGUAUGCAUAAGUGAAUCAGAAUUCCAGUGUCCUUUACCUUGCAUAGAUGUGUAAUUACCUCUAAUUUAGUGCAUUUUGCCCAGAUUUCCCUUAUAGUUCAUAUCAUAUUCCUGGUACUGGAUAAUGACCUACCAAUAUUAACAAAGGCCUUUAGAAGAGGUUGCUUGUAUUCUCCAGGAAAUCAUUUGCUAUUCUUCUUAAACAUCCAGACACAGGGAACGUGUGUAGACUAAUGUGGCUCAAAGCAGACACAUAAGCAGGACUCAUCAUUAGUGUCAUAAUUUCAGUUGUUGUGCUGGAUAGUUGUAUGUCAGCUUGAUACAAGCUAAAGUCAUCUGAGAAGAGGGAACUUCAAUUAAAAAAAUGUUUUCAUAAGACUUGACUGUGAAAAAAAAAAAAAAAACUGAGUUGUGUGUGGGUAAGCCUGUAGGGCUUGGUUGGCGAUUGAUGGGAGAGGGCCCGGUCCAUUGUGGGUGGGGCCAUGCCUGGGCUUGGUGGUUCUGAGGCUGAACAAGCAUAAUAAGCAAGCCAGGGAACAGCACCCCUCCAUGGUCUUUGCAUCAGCCCCUGCCUCCCAGUUCCUUCCCCAUUUGAGUUCCUGUUCUGAUUUCUUCAGAUGAACAGAUAUGAAUAUGUGUAAGCUUAAUAAACCCUUUCCUCCCCAACUUCCUUUUUGGUCAUGGUAUUUCAUCACAGCAACAGAAACCCUAACUAAGACAGUUGCCAAUGUGUAUACAUGGAAAGAGGGAACCUCAGGUGAAGAAUUGUCUGCAUCAGUUGUCUCAUGGCCAUGUCUUCAGGGCAUUUUCUUGAUUGCUAAUUGAUGCAGGCGGACCCAUCUCACUGUGGGUGGUGCCAUCCCUAGGCCUGCAGGCCUGUGCUUUAUAAGAAAGGUAGCUGAGCAAGCCAGAGAAGCAAUCCUACAAGCAGUGUUCCUCCCUGGUUUCUGCUUCAUGCCCCUGCUUUCCUUCCUUCCUGCCCUGACUUCUGUCAAUUGACAGUAACCUGUAAGCCCCUCUCCUCUCCCAGCCAAAAGGUUAGUGCUCCAUCACAGUAUCAGAGCCCAAUUAGGACAGUGUGCAAAAUGCUUCCAUUAAUAUGGGCCUCAGUGUUUUGUUAUGGCUUGGGGAAAGUGUUCAGGAGAAACAUCCUAAGGCUGCAGCGGUCCUUCCUGUUACCUGCUCUUUGUUAGCAGUGACUCUUCUUUCUCCUGUGAAGGGCUUCAUGAUGGAAUUGCUCUGUGUUUUAUACUUUCUCAAGGUGUGCUGGCAGCAGACAUGGUGUGGUUCUUUGCGGUCAUCACAGCAUUUAGAAAUCUAGUCAAGGAGUACAUGGAUUCCUCAUAGAACUUCUUGUUAGGAAAAUAGUUGUAAUAUUAUAAAAUAUGCUGGGCCAAGUAGUUGUCUACCAAACUCGGACAGAAAGGCUGGUGGUGGUUGUCACUGAUACUUUUAAAGUCGUAGUUUGGUGGCACGUUAGUCAUAGUAGUGACUAAGGGCUGCUUAAUAAGGUGUGGUUCUUUAGGAGUUCCCAGUUUCAAUUUUCAAAGGCAGGCUGGAAGGAGUUUGUACUAAUCCAGCUAAAGGUUCAUUGAUUUUGGUGUUACUUGUCAAAACCAAAACCCUUUCCCAGGAAGGGAAAUGAAAUGCACAUUCUAGGAAAGAGAAGCAUUGAGGGCUCAUCUUCUUCUAACUCCACUCCCUGAUUGGUGUUUAACAUUUUGCCUUUCUGUGUAUUCCAACAGUAAGAAUUUAGCACCUUAGUCUGUGUAGAUGAGUUUGCUGCCUCCUCUAAGGUUCCCACUGUCCCAGCAGCAGUUUCUCAUGACUGGAUGAAGUUAAAGUGAGGCUUUGCAUUCUCUUCAGCUCUGGAUACAGACCCAGUGUCUACAGCUGCAAAAUGAAGGAGUCCAGACUUAUCCCGGAACAACGCUGUAGUAGUAGACUGGCGUCCCAUCUAAGAUGCCUGUUGUCUGUGCAAAGUGCCUCAUGGUUGGAGUGACAUUCAUUGAUAACUUUAAUUUAAAUGAAAAUUCCAUCAUCGUUGCUUUUUAUUAUAGCUUAUUUUUUUAAUAUUUUGUUGUUUUGUCAAAAAAUGCUAAUUGAGUAACUAAAAAGAAGUAGCUAAUGUAAUAGCUAAGAUAAGGACAGGUUUCUCUGUCCAUCCCUUCCUUUAUUUCUUUCUUCCUUUCUUUAAAAAUUCCUCUAGAUAACACCUGUUUCUGAGUUUAUAAAAUGAUAUGCACUGAAAUUUUAUGACUGUGAAAUGUAUUUGUGAAACAUUUAACAAAUUUCUAUUUACUCAACUAAUGUACUUCCAAUUAUCAUCAGAAAGUUUGUGUUUGGAUACUAGAAUUUCUUACAUAUAUCCAAAUAAAAAGAUUUGACAACCUGAAUGUAGACUCUAGGCCAACAGCCAUAUUACUAAAUCCCGAAUACUCAAUAUUCCAUGUAUUAAUAUCAUGGGCUGUUUUGAGAGAACAGCUAUUUUGUUCUGUGUCCUGUAGUCUGUGUUAACUUUAAUGACUCACCCAUGAAUCUUACAUGAUGAGUUUAAUACAGUAAAUCCAGGUGAGCACUGAGUUUCUUUGUGGCUAACAAGCUCCCAAGAUGCUACAGGUCUGAGGACUAUAAUUGGAGAAGCGAACGUAUAGACGAUUAUCUUGACUUCUGACCAUUGCAUUUUCAGAUGCUGCUGAGCAUGCUGGCACAUGCCCACAAUCACAGCCCUCAGAGUGCUGAAUAAAGCAGGGGGAUUGGCAGUUCCAGGGUGGCCAAAACGACAUAGUGAGGCUCUGUUUCAAAAACAAAAAAACAAAAAGUUCAGAUAGAAGAAUAGUGUGCAGAGCCCCUGUUUUUGUGUUUCCUGGCUUACAAAUUACGAAGGCCCGUAUACUACCACCCACCAUGAGAACUAUGCAUUUUACAUGUGACCUACAGUUACUUCAGCUCGGAGCAGAAGAUAUGAUAUAGUUGCCUUGUACCAGAGUGGCCAGUAGCUUUCCAUUCUUGCUAAGUCCAUUGAGUUGGUAGUAGCUUUGUGUAUAUGACGUUAAUGAUUCAGAGGACUUAUGAAGACUUGUUGGUAAAGACUGCCAGAAGUAAACAGCCGUGAGAAUAUGAUAAUAGGCAUGCCGAUUAGUUGUCAUCUAUAUUUCUCAGUUAACUUUAUUUAGGCUCGUAUUCAUAAGAGAAAGAUGACAGUGAUAUUUGUUACGUAUAGUACCUUUCCUGUUUGGGAAAUAAAAUGGUAAUGAGGAUCCAGGUUAGAUUUUUUUUUUUAAUUGCUUCUGUGAGCAUUGGCUCUGAGAAGAUGGCAAAGAUUGCAAAGUGAUUUCUGUCUACAACUCUGGGAAAUCAUGGAAAGCCUAGUUAGCGAUGUCUCAUUCUGGUUCUCUCUAAAGAUGCUGCUGGCCAUAAUCCCUACCUACAAGUGUGGCAGUGGAUGGGUCUUGUAAGUGGAGAAGUUUAUUGCUUAUAGCUGCAAAUUGUUCAUUGAUCCAUUUGCAGAAGAACAUACUUGUGACCCAUUCAGGUUGUCAUAUCUGUUGUUAGUUCAGCCGAAAUGUCCCUCAGAGGCAUUUGGUCAUGAAGCUGUGUCUUCUGUGGUACUGGGAUAGUGCCAGUGUGUUCCAUGGUACUUUCGGUGCAUGCAUUAUAAAUACUGGCCCAUCUUCUGAUGGGAUCCACAAUAUAAAGAUCUAGGGCAGAUUCUGCUAGUUCAGAGACCAGCAUUUGCAUUUAGAGACUAGACAUUGUGACUAUCAGGGAGUGUUUCAUACUGUAAAAUUCGACAUCCCUAAAUCCCUCCUAGAAACGUGAAGAUGUGGCAGAGUGGGCGCUGCAGUCUAACUAGGCUGCCGUUGUAGGAUAGAGAAUCUGGCCUGGAGGUGCGAGAUGCCGUGGAUGUAGGCAGGAAGGGAUAGCCAUAGAACGGACAAGAGCAAGAAGAGGCUAUAGACUGAGGCUCUGCAGAUAUGAGUGCACAGAAAGGCAGGGGCUAGAGGCCAGGGCAAUAGAAAAGGUGGAAAAUGAGAUUUGGAUCUGGAGUGCAACUUUACUAUUGUUUGGAAGAGUAGUGGGCAGAUAUUGGGUAGAAACAUUUGAACUGCUAAGAGCCACCUUGGCAUCAUUAAAACAAUUUGAGUCUAAAUGCUCACUUAUUUUUCUCAUUGGAAAACAUAUAAAUCUCUGCAUAUAAAUCAUGAAGAGCGUAAUUGUAUAAGGGUGUUUCCUAGAACAUGGGCUCUCCGGAGAGAGUAGGUCACAGGUGAGAAGGUUGUUCAGUGGAAGUCGAAGCAGAGCCAAGUAUUACUUUUUUCUUGCAGACAAUUGUCCAUGACUUGCCCCUCUUCACCCUUGCAAGAUUGCUCUCCAGAGAAAUGUUUUCCAAAUUUCCUUUUACAGGUGAUACUCCAUCAGAUUUGUUUUCAUUUCUCAUGCUGUCCCAAGGGUCAAUGGGAUCAGUAAUUUUAUACAGUGCAUUCUCUUUGUGAGAACCUAUGAGGCUUUGGAAACAGAAAACACUUUCAUGUGCUGGGCAGGUUAUCUGUUUUCAUGGGAAGGAUCAGAAACUGGCAUCUGGCUACAAACCCAUCUUUACCCCAAGCACUGGUGAGGUUAGAGUCAAGCCUGUGGUUUCAAGUUUAAGUCUUUGAGAUCCUCCGGGUGUUCUACACUGCUGUGUAUUUCUGUUCCCCUUUCUCCUCCAAUUUUCACGUUCACUGAGUUCUGUAUUUCCAGUGACAUGCACAUUUGUAAGUUGCUACAGAAUCAUUUAGUAUUAGCUUGUGCAUUGGCCGUAUGUUGCUAGAUAUCCAGACAACAGAUGCAUACAAAUAUCCACACCAUAAGUAGUCCACCUGGUUUUUCAAGAACACCGCACCACCACCUUAGAGAUGAGUUGCUCUGGGAAGCUCUUCUGCACAGACCAUGUUGUGGAUACUUAAAGGUAUCAGUCAGAGAGUAUAGCGGCCCCUCUUUGGGGCACUUUGUUCUGUAUUUGAUUUUUCUUCUUACUAAUCAUUUGGCCUUGGUUAAAUUAAUGAUCAGCUCUAUAGCCUCUAGCUGUUUUAUACUUUUUUCUCCUCUGUGGUCUUCAAAUUGAGCUGUUUAAAAGAUUUUAUUUAGCUGCUGGUAAGGUGCCACUGAGAUUUGGAAAACAAAUAUGUGAGUUCAUUUCCUAGGAUAUUGAAAACAAAUUUUGUACUUAUAUUAUCUAAGAUGUUAAUAAACCCUGUAUUCUUAUUGUGCCAGUGUAAAAACAGUGUGAUAGGACAGAAAAUUCUUGGCAUUAGACACAAGAAACUUGUCUCUGUCACUUAUAGGCAUAUGAUUCCCUAGGAAAUCUCUUAAUUUCUAUUUCUUAAUUUUCAUCUUAGAUAUGACUGGGAUAUUCAAUCUCGGUCAUUUUGAAAAUAAACAUCACUGUACUCCAUGGGAAACACUUCCAUGCUUAAUGAAAUAGUAUUUUUCAUGUACUCUGUUUUUUUUUUUAAUUGUGAGGAAGCAAUAUGUUCUUCAUGAUUAAAAGUUAUUGCGAAGAAGAUUUGCUGUAUAAGACUUCCAAGUAUUACCUGAUAUAACCAGUGCUCUGUGAGGACAAACCACAUUUUCAUUUCUCUAUCACCACAUUAACAACCCACCUUUUGCAUUUAUUCUACACAUAGACAGUGUGGCUCAUUUGUAACUUUUAAAGUCUGUACAGAGGAUUUUAGAAUAUUUACCUUGUUUUGGAAUUCAUCAUGUACAAGUGGGAAGAAUGACAUUAUUUUCUGGAGACUGAUUGACAAGAGACUGGUAUUGAAAUCACUUUGGAGUAGCCCCCAGGAAAUUUUAUUUAAGUAAAUAAAAAUGUAUCAGAAAAUGCAAAUGUAGAGCUGGAGGGAAACCUAGAUUGGCUUUAUUUAUCCUUUUCCCUUAACCAAUGAGCAAAGAUUUCUUCAUAGAUGAUCAUCUCUUUCUAGAAUGAGGAAUAAAAAAAUAGAUGUAUAGCAUUUAUGUAGCCUAGGGACCAUUCUAAAUGAUUUUCUCACAUAUUUCCUUUUCUAGGUUUCUUUAAAGCAUAUAAGGCAGUUUGGUAGCUGGGCCAUCCCUAACAUGAUAAGCAAUGGUCCUGCCUCCUGGAAUUCAUGUUCUGUUUUUGAGGUUCUGGGGAUAGAUCUUAGGACCUCUUGCAUGCUUGGCAAGCCAUGUCCCACUACACUGUACCCCUAGCAGGUCAUGCUUUUCACUAGUCCUCGUAUACUGAACAUACUCGCCCUGCCUUGUACAACCUUCAAGAUAUUGAACUUGUGGCUUGAGGCUUGGUGAUAAAACUGUUGUGGCUUCCUCAUCAUUGAUUAUCAAUUCUGAAGUAAGCUUAGCUACUCUGUCUGUGGAGAAAAUCACAUGAAGACUGAACAAAGGCCUUCAUCCAACAGUGAGACAGUGUCAGUCAGCUGCCUAUAAGUACAUGCUGCUGCCUUAGCUCAGGUUUCAGAUGACUGCCAUCUGUCACCUUGACUGGGUCAUCAUGGUUGAUCCUCAGAAUCAUCCAGCUAAGUAGCUCAAGUUUUCUUGACCUUCAGAAACGGUGACAUAACAAAUGUUAAUUGUUCCUUUUGCAAGCUUUAUUGAAAUAUGAUUGACAAUAUAAAUUGCAUACGUUCAAGCUGUACAUGUAAAACUUUGAUACAUAUAUCUAGGACAUACAGAUGAGAAAUUAAUGCAUGUGGUGGUUUGAAUGACAAUAAUGUCCCUCAUAGACUCAAGUAUUAGAACGCUUGGUCUCCAGUUGAUGGCACUGUUCAGGGAGUCUUAGGAAGCAUGUCUUUUGGGGAGAAGUAUGUCACUGGAGUGACCUUUAAGCCCAUUUCCGGCUGCUCUCUGCUGGGUGCUGUGGUUCAAGAUGGGAACGCCAGCAUGCUGCUCCAGCCUCCAUGCCUGUUUGCUGUCUUCUCUUUGCCUUUGUGGACUUAACCCUCUGCAACUAGAAGAUAAAAUAAGGGCUUCCUUCUAAAAGUUGCCUUGGUUACGGUGUUUUAUCACAGCGACAGAAGAGUAACUAAGACAAAGUAUUUGCCUCAUGUAGUUACAUUUUAAAAAAUGAUUGCUUUAGUUAGCAUACACAGUAGUUUGCUUCAUUAUGACAUUUUAUACAUGUGUAUCAUGUACCCUGCUUCACAGUCCUUCCUCUCUUGUUCUGUUCUCUCACCUCCCACUACUCUACCCCUAGUACUGUCUACUUUGGCAUCAUGUAUAUAUGAAUUUAUUGGGUAUAAUAUAAUGUGUAGAUUUCUCAUAUGAAUGAAAACAUGCAGCAUUUGUCCUUCUGGGUCUCUUAAUAUGAUGAUCUUCAGUUCCAUUUUCCUACAAAUGACAUUUUUCUUCUUUAUAGCUGAACAGAAUUCCAUUGUGCAUGUAGAUGAUUCACACUGUCUUUACAGUUCGUGUUAAUGGACAUCUAAGCUGCUCCUGUAUUUUGGCUGUUGUGAACACAGCUGUACAGGCAUUUCUGUGUAUGCUGACUUUGGUCCCUUUGGGUAUAUGUCCAUGCAUGGUCAGCUGGAUCAUGUGUUAGCUCUAAUUUUCCUUUUCUGAGGAGUUUUUCAUUUGGUGUAAUGAAACCACUGAAAAUCUAUGCUUUCUGAAAAUGUCAAGUAUACGACUCGUUAUUGUCACGUGGCCACCAUGCUGUGCACUAGACCUCCAGAACUUACUCACUUCAUAAUUGGAAAUGUAUUCUCUUUGAUCAACAUCUCCCCAUUUUCUCCACCCUUAACCUGUGGUAACUACCUUCUACUGUCUGUUUCUUUAAGUUGAACAACUUGUAGGUGCCAGAAGUAAGUGAGAUCCUACAUGUUUCUGAUUUAUUUUUGCUUGGUGUACUGUCUUCCUAUGUGUUUCUGAUUUAUUUUUGCUUGGUCUGCUGUCUUCCAGGUUCAUCUACAUUGUAAUAAGCAGUGUUUGCUUAUUGUUCUCUUAAACCAUAUGUUAUUUGAAGUUUGUUAUGAAGCAAUAAAUAAUAAACACAGAUUUUGGAAACUGAGACACUAACGUUAGAAAUGUUUCUGGAAUAUAAGAGUGGCUGUGGAACUUGGGAUAGCACAAGUAUUCAGAGGACUUAUGUUGGUGUAGGAAAAGUUCCUUAAAGAUAUGGGAAUUGUUUUGCAGCCAUAGAUAGCUGACACAAGUAGUCACAUUUCUCCUCAAAGCAUUUAUGAGGAUACAUUGAAGUUAUGAAACAGAUUGCAGGCAUGCAGCAUUUUGAAUAGUUGUUUAAUCUUUGAACUACUUAUUUUUGAGCCUGAUUACUUUGAUGGGAGAGACACUUGUGCUUGACCACAGAAUAUUGACUGUUGGGCAAGGAUCUGGUAUCUGGGGAUUGGUCAUAAGUGAAUUAGGAUUAAAUGUCUCAUGUGAGUGAUAGGAAUAGGCAGACAGCGAAGAAUGAUGGGUUAUUAUGGAAUUGAGUAUUAAGAAUGUAUUUAGAAGCUUAGAAUCCCAUGAGAAACAAGUGGCAAACACUUCUAGUAUUUGCCAGCACAGGAAUUCGUGAAGACUGGAGAGGCUGUGUACAUCACAAAGCCUGAAAUCUCUGGUUGAUUCCCAACUUCAGUCUAAGGUCUUUAAAGUUCUAUCUUUGAUUUUUUGACUUGUAAAAUGGAGAUAAUAGUUCCAGACUCAUAACAGGAUAAGGAGUAAAUGUCUUAGUACAUAGGAAAUAGCUAGGUGUGGUGAUAUUGUGUCCCUUAAUAUAUCGUGCACCCUAAUAAACUUAUCUGGGGUCAGAGAACAGAACAGCCACUAGAUGGAUGUAGAGACCAGAAAAUGAUGGCACACACACCUUUAAUAUUAGCAUUCUGGAGGCAGAGAUCCAUCUGGAUCUCUGUGAGUUCAAAGCCACACUGGAAACAGAGCCAGGCAUGGUGGCACAUAUCUUUAAUCCCAGCACUUGAAAUCUCAUGUCUUGCUUGGGAAAGACAUAUGCCUUUAAUUCCAGGAAGUGAUGGCAAAAAGCAGAAAGGUAUAUAAGGCGUGAGGACCAGGAACUAGAGGUCUUUUUAAGCUUUUAGGCUUUUAGCAGCAGUUCAGCUGAGAUCCAUUCGGAUGAGGACUCAGAGGCUUCCAGUUUGAGGAAACAGGAUCGGCUGAGAAGUUGCAAGAGGUCACCAUAACUGAUGCUUCUGAAGAUGACUGUGAAUAUGAAGAGAUACCAGAUGACAAUUUCAGUAUUCCAGAAGGAGAAGAAGAUCUGGCCAAAGCAAUUCACAUGGUUCAAGAGCAGGCUACAGACGUUCAGAUUCUGGAGCAGAAAACAGUUCUUCCUUCAAGGCAGGUAGUACAUGAAGCCAUAGAAGACUUUCUCUGUAAUUUCCUGAUCAGAAUGGAAAUGACCAGAACGCUGAACUGCUUUCAGGCUGAAUGGUACGAGUUAAUACAGAAGAGAGGGACUGAUUUUCGAGGACUUGGGAAUGUUCCAGAUGUUUACAGCCAGGUGAUGCAUUUAGAGAGUGAGAACAAAAACCUGAAGAAAGAUUUGAAACACUUCAAACAGGCAGCUGAAAAGGCCCGAGAGGAUCUGCUGAAAACUCAGAAGGAACGGGACUUCCAUCGCAUGCACCACAAGCGCAUCAUGCAAGAAAAGAACAAACUGAUCACUGACCUCAAAGGGCUGAAACUGCAUUAUGCAUCUUAUGAACCAACUAUUAGGGUGUUGCACGAGAAGCAUCACGCUUUACUGAAGGAGAAAAUGCUGACCUCCUUGGAAAAAGACCGAGCUGUUGGGAAGAUUUCUGGGCUUCAAGCAACACUGAAGAACAUAGACGUAGGACAUAUUCAGGCACCUUUAAUCAAAGUUGGUCACAGUUGUGAGAAGGAAAACGAGUCAGAAAGCCCUACUCAGAAAUGUCCUUAUGAAGCCAAGGAAGAAAAUGGACAUAAGUCAAAGAUAAAGAACGAAAGAAAGGAUUCGGUAUUUCCCACAGAUAUGCAACCAGAUCCGAACUUGACUGCAUAUAAAGAAAACCUUUGUCCAGCAAAAUUUGACUACAAGCUAAACAAUAUUUUUAGACUUCAUGACCUCCCCGUGAGCUGUAUCGUCAUGCACCCCUGCAAGGACAUUCUGGUCUCCUGCAGUGAGGAUCGCCUCUGGAAGAUGGUGGGCCUCCCAAAGGGCAAUGUGCUUCUUACAGGAUCUGGCCACACUGACUGGUUGUCAGACUGCUGCUUCCACCCCAGUGGCAACAAGUUGGCUACUUCAAGUGGUGACUCCACAGUUAAAUUAUGGGACCUUGCAAAAAAUGAAUGCAUAUUGACCUUUGAAGGACACAGUCACGCAGUAUGGUCCUGCACAUGGCACUCUGGUGGUGAUUUUGUGGCUUCUGCCUCACUGGAUAUGACUAGUAAAGUCUGGGAUGUCAAUAGUGAACGGUGCAGAUAUACGUUAUAUGGACACACAGACUCUGUGAACAGCAUUGAGUUUUUCCCUUUCUCCAACACUCUUCUCACCGCUUCUGCAGACAAGACCUUAUCUGUGUGGGAUGCACGAACAGGUAAAUGUGAGCAGUCUCUGUAUGGUCACAUGCAUUCCAUCAACGAUGCCACCUUCACGUCUAGGGGCCACAUAAUAGCAUCCUGUGAUGCCCGUGGAGUUACAAAGCUGUGGGACUUCCGGAAGCUCAUUCCAAUUGUGUCCAUUGAUGUAGGUCCAAGUCCCGGUAAUGAGGUGAACUUUGACUCAACAGGUCGAGUUUUAGCUCAGGCGAGUGCCAACGGGGUAGUCCAUUUGCUGGAUCUUAAAUCUGGACAAAUUCACAAACUGGUGGGCCAUGAGACUGAGGUGCACACUGUGCUGUUUUCCCACAAUGGAGAAAAUCUGUAUUCUGGAGGUUCUGACGGCACGGUUCGAUUGUGGCUCUGAUCAGCAACAGCACACCCUGCUGCAUAGGGCAUUCUCUCUAAGGUUUAAAAAUGUUUCACAUAGUCUGCUCCCAAGCCAGUAAGUACCUGGUUAAAACAACCAAUAUAUAACAUAUUUGUUUUAAAACAAGCUUUGUGGGAGUAUUAUAUGGUCCAAACUGUUACAAAUAAAAAUUAUAACUUUUUACUCA